AUGACUGUAUCAACUCUCCGACGGCGGAGCUUCUACAACUACCGGAGCGUCACCGUGGAUAAAUGUAUCGAUAUUAUCGAACGAGAACACAUGCUGUUGCCUGUCUCUUACACUCCCGAAUGGUGCCUCACGCGCUACAAUGUUGCCUCAGCUCUGAGCGCGCUGUAUGGAUUGGAUGACAUGCGUGUGUAUCAGGCUAUUAAGGACGCCAUGGCCGGCGUUCAAUGGCUUCUUUUUCACGAAAAGGGAACAGAACCAGUGCAUGACCAGGAGUUGGUGAAGCGACUUUAUUGGCUGCUUGGCAUGUGGCAGCUGGGUACUGAAAUACAAGGCCAGCCACACCUAACAUUCCUUCCCGGUCCUCCAUUUACCCCAGCUUUGCAGAGUAUUCGUCCCCGGCCUCUAUCUGAUGCGGAGCUGGGAGUACCUGACACGGAAACGAACGUAUUGGCAUUGUGGCCAGCGGCGCCAGCGUCAUGGCUCAAAGACGAUGACCAGUAUAUCACAGGACUCAACAGCCUUGCCGAUGUCCUGAUGGUCUGGGAACGCGCCAAGGUGGACAUGGCUCACAAACAGCCAGAAGAGACUCUAAGAGAUGGCAUGGCCCGCCUUCAAGCGGUGCUUGACAAUCUCGUCCCAGAACUGCGGUGGAGAGGUGGCUUGGCCAGAUUCCCGAAACCGUCUCGAGGCCACGAAUCGCAAACAGUCAACAUUUUGAUCACAUGCUUCUAUAUAAGAUCAAACUUGCUGCAGCAUCUCGGCCAAGCACCCGGCAUUACCCACCAGAGCAUCGUAAGCGAUGUUCUUGAAGUUCUCGAUCAUAUGCCAGAAGAUAUACAUGAGUGCAAUGGAUACACCUUGGUCAAGAAGGUUCGAGAUAUAGGUGCGGCAUAUCUGCAAGAGCUUCGAGUCACACCCGGAGGCCCUAUACAGGCCGUAAACGAGCCGGAGCAAUGCAUCGUCAAUGCCCUACUCACGAGAUUGGAGAGAAUGGAUUUUAGACUGGAUCAAGAGAAUGCAUGCCCCGAGGAUGAUGCCAUCUCUCCAGCCGAUCGGCCUACUGAUGCAAGUAUGGAGAGCGUGUAA